ACACCCGCCGGAAGCGCGGUGUGGAGCCGCAAAAAAAAAUACGGAUUACCGUACUAAUCGUACCAUAAACUUUUUUUCUUCUAUCUUGUUAGAAAUGUUCGCUCGUCUUAUAGUCUUUUACGGAGCAGAUUAUUUCCAAUUACACAGCGCAUCCAUUUGGAAAACAUCAGCACAGAUUGUGUCUUCGUUGCUUUCAAGCAACCAUGGAUGCCUCCUCAUUAUGCGACACGAUUUCUGGCUCGCCGCAUGGUUUCCUGGUUCCCAGCAACGAAUUGCACCUUACUUCGCGACUCGCGACGAAAAAUUUCCUCGACCCUCUCGCAGCAAGCCUGGCGACGUUUCAAGACGGACAGAAUAAAUCCCAGAAGAACGCACGAAGAGACAAGAAGUAUACGCCCAAAUACCGGUUCCGCGUACAAAAGCUCCAUCUUGAUGGUUUUUCCGUUGGCCAGGUGUGGGAACAGGCUUUGAGCCAUGAUAUAGAAGAGACUGCAAAGUCUCUGCAAAAGAGUGGUAGCAAGAAAAGACUCCAUUCACCGCGUUCUAUCGCGUCUGACCAAGACGAUAACUCGCUCGAAGACGAAGAUAGCCAAUCAGAUCUCGGAUCACAGUUUGACGCCGAGGAUUCCGAUCUAGAAUCUGUGGACAUGGAAGAUAUGGAGGAGGAGGACGACGACGGAGAGGAGGGAUCUGAUAAUGGACUGGAGGACGAGUCAAACGCGAACCCUUCAGCAUCCGAAGACGCAAUUUCGGAGACAUACGUCGAAGAUCGGUUCGGGCUGAAUGAUGGGUUCUUUUCAAUUGACGACUUUAACAAGCAAACGGAAUAUUUCGAGAGGAUGGAUGAGAGGGGUGAUCAAGAUGAACUCAGCGAUGGGGAAGAGAUUGACUGGCACGCCGAUCCAACGUCAGUAACAGCACUUAGCACCCGACCAACCAAAUCGGGCAGAUCAGCCAUGGAAAAAGAUGAGAUUGAGGAUAGUGAAGAUAGUGAUGCAGGUCCCACCUUUGAUGAUGCCGGGUUUGGAGAAGAUGACAGAGAUGAAGAAUUACAAAACAAUGCGGACUGGCUAGACACCAAUGACAUCAAGUACGACGACUUCUUCGCUCCACCGCCUCGCAAAGCCUCUAAAAAGAAGGCCAGACCCCUUCCAAAGACACAACCAACAGCAGCAGCACCUACUGAUGAUGACGUCGAACGCGCCAUUUCCGACGUCCGUCGUGAUUUGUUCGAGGACUUUUCAGAUGAAGCAGACUCUGAUGUGGACAUGGGGGCUGGUGAGACGGAGGGAGGGCGCUCAACGCAUGAAAAGCAAAAAGCGAAAAUAGCCGAUGAAAUUCGUCGACUGGAAAUGGCCAAUGUUGCGAAAAAGGAGUGGAUGCUCGCUGGUGAGGCCAAGGGGACACAGCGGCCCCUCAAUUCACUUAUUGAGGAAGACCUCGAAUUUGAACGUGUCGGUAAACCGGUGCCCGUCGUUACCAAUGAGACCUCGGAGGAGAUUGAACAGCUCAUCAAGCGCAGGAUCAUUGCUAAAGAGUUUGAUGAAGUUGUUCGACGCUUACCCGACUCCAUCAGACAGCAUGAUAUCAGCCGAGGACGUGUUGAAGUUGACCAAACGAAACCCCAACAGAGUCUUGCUGAGCUGUACGAGAACGAACACCUACGAGCAACUGACCCAUCGUAUGUGGAUCAGAAGAAUGAGAAGCUCAAGCGAGAGCACGCCGAGAUUGCGCAGCUUUGGAAGAGCACUAGCUCUCAGCUUGAUGCAUUAUCUAACUGGCACUAUAAGCCUAGCGUCCCACAACCCAACAUCAAUGUCAUUACAGAUGUCGCUACCGUGAUGAUGGAAGACGCGCGUCCUGGUGGCGCCGCAAUUGUCGGGGAGCAAGGUACUCUGGCUCCUCAAGAAGUAUAUAAUCCCAAGGAUGCUGGCGGCCUUGGUGGAGAAGUUGUCCUGAAGAAUGGUGUAUCUGUUGCCAAGGAUGAAAUGAGCCGCGAAGAGAAAUCUCGGAGGAGACGCAACGAAAAGAAGAAAUUCAAGGCUACCUCGCAACAACCCGGUAAACAGAAGAAGACGGAUGAAGGGCAACAGAUUUUAUCUGAUCUCAAAAAGGGUGGUGUGCAGAUGGUUGGGCAAGGGGGCGAAUUGCAGUCUCUCAAUGAGCGCCGAAAAUCUGGCAAUGCGGCGGCGACUCAAAGUGAUAGCUUAAAACUAUAG